CAUAUUCCUGGCAUUAACGCAGUGAGUUGCUAAACACUGGAAACGACAGGCUUUGAGGCAUUAAUGUUUCACUUGAUUGUGAGACAUUUGCUCCUGCAACAGCAGAUCAAUUCACUCACGGAUUUUUGAUGCAAAGAUGGGGUGGACCUUCUGUAUCAUCUGGUUUCUGUAUGUGUCAGUGAGUGAGUGCGGGCCGGUUCCUGACUCUGAGCCUCUUAUGUACGGGGAGGUCCAGUCCCCCCAGUAUCCCCAGGCUUACCCUCCCAACCUGCAACAACAGUGGGACCUCAGUGUGCCCGAGGGAUACCGGAUCAGACUCACCUUCACACACCUGGACAUCGAAGCUUCUACAGGCUGCCAUUACGACGCCCUGACAGUUCUCUAUGAUGAUAAGGUCCUGGAAAAGUUUUGUGGCAAUGAAAACUCUGCUGAUGGGCAUCACCCAGGCACUGAGCCCAUUUUGUCUCCAGGCAACAGACUCACCCUCAUUUUCCAGACUGACGACAGCAACCCAGAGCGCCACCAGAACCUUGGUUUUUCUGCUCAGUACCAGGCAAUAGACAUAGAUGAGUGUUCUCUGCCAGAGCCUGCAGAUGGCUCAGGUCCACUCUGCUCUCAGAUCUGCCUCAACACCCUCGGCUCAUACCUCUGUUCAUGUCAUCACGGGUUCGAGCUGCGCUCAGACCAGCGCACCUGUCUGUUGUCCUGCAGCGGCGGUAUAUUUGAUGAGCCAGAGGGACAUCUGUUCAGUCCAGGAUACCCGGACCCCCCACCUCAUGGUGUGUCCUGUCAGUACAUCAUUGCUGUAGAGUCUGGCUUCACUGUCUCUCUAAACUUCACUGACAACUUCCACAUUGAGAGUGUGGACACUGAGCAAGGCCAAAACUGUCUCUAUCACUGGUUGCAGGUGACUGUUCCAGACAAAGAGCCAAUGAAGCUGUGUGGUGGAAAGAGUCCAGGUCUGAUUGAGACAAACUCCAACACUGUCACGCUGGAGUACCACACUGACAGUGACGGCCAGAGCAGCGGCUGGAGCCUGGACUACAGCACACACAGAGUGAAGUGUCCAUUUCCCGGAAAAGUAGCUAAGGGCAGAGUCACUCCAGCCUUGACUGAAUAUCUCUACAGAGACUACAUCUUUGUGCGCUGUGACCAAGGAUACAAGCUGAUGACGGAAGGGAAGGAGAUAAAGAGUUUCUCAUCCAUGUGCCAAAGUAACGGAGAGUGGCACCUCCCUCUGCCAGAAUGCCACAUAACUGACUGUGGGGAACCCAAACCUUUGCUGAAUGGAGGCGUGACCUUCCUGUCUGGAUUUCAGAAUCAGUACGGUUCUGUUGUUCAGUAUUACUGCAAUGAACCAUUUUAUUCUCUCCUUGGGGGCAUAACAGCUAACUUCACCUGUGAUGCAGACAGAAGGUGGAGAUCCAACAACGAGAUUGCUAUCAGUCCAACAUGUAUACCAGUCUGUGGCCAGCCUACAGUCCUCAUCCCUGCCUACCAGAGGAUCAUUGGAGGUAGUGAAGCUCCAGAAAAUACCAUCCCCUGGCAAGUGUUACUGAGUGUAGAUGGACAAAGAGCAGGAGGCAUGGUGAUUGCAGACCGCUGGAUUAUGACUGCGGCUCAUGUCCUCGCACAUGAAGGAAAUGUAGCACCAAAAGAGUCUGUACGGGCUUACAUGGGACUCACGAAUGUAAGAACCCUGUUGAGCUCUCCUGUGUUCGCUGCCUCAGUCCACGUUCACCCUGAAUACAACAACCCCAAUGGUGUAAACUAUAACAGUGACAUUGCUUUGGUCAAACUGCCGCACCCGAUCACGUUCAACUCAUCCAUUAUGCCAAUAUGUUUGCCAGCAGAGGGGGUCACAUAUGUCACUGGCAUGAUGGGACUGGUGUCUGGCUUCGGGCUCACAGAAGAAGGGAAACAACGGAUUUUAACAAAUAAGCUGAAGUACGUGCAGCUGCCUGUGGUCGAGCAGGAAACAUGCAGUAAUUCAAUUACCAUGGCGAGGAGGAGAAGGAACAAUGUGCCGAGUCUGACAAAUAACAUGUUUUGUGCUGGAGUUCCUGAAGGUGGGAAGGACUCCUGUCAGGGUGACAGUGGAGGCCCCUUCGCCAUGGCUGAUGACAAUGGACGGUUCUGGGCUGCUGGUAUUGUCAGCUGGGGGGUUGACUGCGGGCGGCAGGGAACAUACGGAGUCUACACCACAGUCGCCAACUACCUGGACUGGAUCACCAAAACUAUGCAGGAGAAUUAAACUUACUGUUAUUAAUUACAACAAGAUGUGAAAAUGUUGGUUGAACAAAAGUAAAACCAAAAACAUCUACAAUAAAUACUAAUAACAAAAAUUUGCUCUGAAGCUACUCUAUCUGCCGUUUUAAAGCACAUAAUGUGAAGAUGAAGCUGUGAAUGAGUAUAAUCUUCCACUUUUACUUAUCAUGACUGGAAUCACUUUGGAACCAACUAACCAGAAAAUUACUGAAUAAAUGUUGUACUGAUUGUAAUGUAAUCACACUGUAUUAAAAUCCUAAAAGCAUUUCUGAAUAAAGUGACAUAAUAAUGA